AGGCCCUUUCUCUUUAACGCGAGUCCGAAGAGGUCUGGCUGGUUUUGCAAACUGGUGCCAGCUAUGUCCCCUUUCUGCUGCAGUGCUGGAGUAAGUCCUGGACCCCCCAGGUGAGGUUCCAGCCCGUUUCUCCUCCUGGAAGAUGCUUCUAUCCUGGCUUGCAUUGCCAAACCUUUUAGAGGACUGUCUGAACGGUUGUUCGGAGAGCUGCAGAUCCUGGCGUCCCCACUGUUGGAGCCCCACCAGGAGCAGAAGUGAAGUGCAGAGAGUCAAACAGAGCAGGAAACAGAGUUUACUGUUUGCAGAGCCGCGUAAACGCAUCCUCUGUGCUCAGCCCGAGCCCCCGGGGGCGAAGGAGCUGCACUGCGGCAGGUCCAAAACCGGUCCCAUGUCUGAUCGGACCUUGGACUGCCUUCCACCACUCUUAAACAAUCUGCUGUCACAACCUCCCACUCCUGCUGAGGCUAGCUCGUUGGCAGCAGUGUUUGUUUCCAAUUCAGAGGAUCAAGAAGCAGACAGCCAGCGAACAAGAGUACACAAGCUCCGGGGAGCAGUGGAACCAAUGCAGAUAGAUGCUGACCCUCAGGAUGAUCAGCAGAAUGCACCCGACACAAACUACGUGGUGGAAAAUCCCACACUGGAUCUGGAGCAAUAUGCAGCCAGUUACAGUGGUUUGAUGCGAAUUGAGAGGCUUCUGUUUAUUGCAGAGCACUGUCCGCAGCUACGCAUUGAAGCCCUGAAGAUGGCACUGUCCUUUGUUCAGAGAACAUUUAAUGUAGAUAUGUAUGAAGAAAUCCAUCGCAAGUUGACAGAAGCCACAAGGGAAACUCAGGGUGUACCAGAUACAGUGCCAGAGUCAGGUCUGGAGCCCCCUACACUGGACACAGCUUGGGCAGAGUCUACACGGAAGAAAGCUUUGCUGAAACUGGAGAAACUAGACACAGAUCUAAAGAAUUACAAGGGAAAUUCUAUCAAAGAAAGCAUCAGGAGAGGGCAUGAUGACCUCGGUGAUCACUACCUAGACUGUGGAGAUCUUAGUAAUGCACUGAAAUGUUACUCACGAGCCAGAGACUAUUGCACAAGUGCAAAGCACGUCAUCAACAUGUGUUUGAAUGUCAUCAAGGUCAGUAUCUACCUCCAAAAUUGGUCCCAUGUUCUCAGUUAUGUAAGCAAAGCAGAGUCUACUCCAGAGAUUGCAGAGCAAAGAGGUGAGAGGGACAGUCAGAAUCAAGCCGUACUGACCAAGUUGAAAUGUGCAGCAGGCUUAGCAGAGUUAGCAACACGAAAAUACAAGCAAGCAGCCAAAUGCUUCUUACUGGCUUCUUUUGAUCACUGUGACUUUCCUGAGCUGCUGUCUCCCAGCAAUGUAGCAGUUUAUGGAGGACUUUGUGCACUGGCCACUUUUGAUAGGCAAGAACUUCAAAGGAAUGUCAUCUCCAGCAGCUCUUUUAAGUUAUUUCUUGAAUUGGAGCCACAAGUGCGAGAUAUCAUCUUCAAGUUUUAUGAGUCAAAAUAUGCUUCCUGUUUGAAAAUGCUAGAUGAAAUGAAGGACAACCUUCUGCUGGAUAUGUACCUAGCUCCACAUGUUAAGACACUCUACACACAAAUCAGGAACAGAGCCCUUAUUCAGUAUUUCAGCCCAUAUGUUUCUGCUGACAUGAACAAGAUGGCUAUUUCUUUCAACACCACAGUUGGUGCACUGGAGGAUGAGCUGACGCAUCUUAUCCUGGAAGGAUUAAUCAAUGGUAGAAUUGAUUCACAUAGCAAGAUUCUGUACGCUAGGGAUGUAGAUCAACGCAGCACAACAUUUGAAAAGUCUUUGCAGAUGGGCAAAGAGUUCCAAAGAAGAGCAAAAGCCAUGAUACUCCGAGCUGCUAUUCUGCGCAAUCAAAUCCACGUUAAGGUACUUGGGCAUUAAAUGAUAACUCUUUCAAGUCCCCUCCAAGAGAAGGAAGCCAAGGUGAACUUAAUUCUGCAAACAGUCAAACUCGAAUGAGCACCAACAUGUAAAGAAAUAAAGACCCUGUUAAAGAAGAACCAGUGCUGUGUGCUUUGCCUUCCACAGUUCUUCAACCAAGAACUGCUUUUUUGGCUUUAAAGAAAUUCAAACAAUUGUAGAAGUGAACCUCUAUCCUGCUGUUUUUGGGGGCACGAAGAAAGUUUUGUUGUUUAAGUUAAACAAAAAAUCCUUUGGAUUAAAGAAGAUGAUGAACUGUGUGCUACGGGAUCUGAAUCUUUAUUAAAAACAUUUUUUAAUUAUUUUCAGGAUCCUAAUUGUGAUAUGUGGGAGAGCACUCUGAACAGCCAAGGGGCAAGGUUUUAGUUUCUACAAAACUGUGAAAAGAGUGUUGGAAUAAUAAAUGGAGGAUAUUGUACCAGGGAAUGUGUUACUGUUAGCUGAAGAGUGAUAAAAGCCCAUGACUAUGGAAUAGAACAAAUAAGAGCGGGUUAUGGGAGCCUCUUGCACACGUAAGAGCAGUGACUAUCAGUGGUGCAAUAUUCUAUUCAUUCUAGAGGCAUUGUUGAAAAGUACUUUUAAAGAUUUGUCAUAAUGGUGUAAAAUAAUAAUUACACUGUUUUAUUAAAGUCCAUUGUUCAAUUUUUAUUUUAUUCUUUUCCGUUGUCACGUUUUUCCUUCAGCCGUGCCAUAAAUUCUUGUAUUGAGGCAUUUUGUGCUGCUUUGAAAUUGGUUGAUGAAAUAUGUACUUACAUAAUUAGACUUGGAAACGCAUUUCCUUUAUCGCUUGCAGCCCCUCCACCACCCCACCUCUCCCCACCACCACACUGGCAUGCUACAGUUACCUAGUGGUGUUCCUUAGCCUAAUGAGAAUUGAUAUACCAAGUUCAAGCAUUGUCAAACCUAGCAUUCAAGUAUAAAACUAUAUCGUUUCCCAGUAAUUGACUGCUGUAGUGUCAGUUGUGUCCUGAAUUAUCAAUUUGAAUUUCAUUGACCGAGUUUAUAAUACUUUCCAACAAUGCCUAUGGAUAGGAAUGUUCCCUUUUGUCAUUAUCCUAAAUGUUUUUGACUGGUGUCUCUAAUUUUCCCAUGAAAAUGUAUGAUGUCAUAGUUGAUGAUCAGUAAUUGGUUGUUAGAUUGCUGCAGUAAUUGUUGGCUCAAUCUUAAGAGUAUUAAAAAAAAGAAUAGUAUGAAUUCAUCAUUAGUUUAAACUUUAAUGCUCUGUAUGUAUGAUACAAAUUCUUCAACUCUGGCAUCACUCCCAAGCAACAUUCAAAAUAAAAGUAUGGUUUAUUUUAUUUAAUAAAAGAAAAUUUAAUUACAAUUUUUCAAUAGUAGUAAAACACAAAAAUAGAAAUAUACAGAUUAUAUGGAGUGAGUGUCUUACUAUUAGCAGUGAGUUACAGGUUUUUUUUACAAUUGUGACAGAUGGUAACAUGAGCGUUCUGGUGGGACUUGAGUUGCUUUAACGCGAGUAAAACUCUUGGAAUUCAUUGUUACAUAUGAGAAAUGUGGUUUCUUCUUUGGGUGUGCUUAGCCUUGUGGAAUCUCAUGCUUUUCAAAUUACUCUUGAAGCACUACAAUAGCAAGUAAUUGUUUUCAGUUUUGACUCUUGUAAAUUGUCUUUGAAACACAAUAAGCACAUCACCAGCAAGGAGGAAAGCUUUGUCCCCUGAUCUUUUAACUGUUCUGUUUAUGGGCAAUACAGUGACUAGUUUCACAUUUUUUGUUCCUGUAUGUUCCUUUUUAAUUGUGAUGAGGACAGACUCAUUGUCAUGUCAGAAUAAAAGAAAUGGUAUUUCUUAUUAAUCUGUAAUACAUUACACAUCAACAAUACAAUGUUUUCCACACCAAUUUAGAAACAGGUUUUAUAAUUAUACAUAGUACAUCAUUAUAAUUAAACAGUUACUAAGGCCUGGUUACCACCUUUAAAACUGGAACAUUUGUCUUAACAUCAGUUUACUUGACCAAAAAACUGGACAAAAAAGCAAAUAUAUGCCCUAUAACAGUUAUCUUGAUGAUUCCCAGCUAUUGAGUUACAACUACUGUUGAUAGGACUAAGUAAUGGAUAAUGUACUGUUUUGCUUUCCUCCCACUGUGUUGGGAGAUAAAAUCCUCAUCUCUUGCAUGUAGGAAUGUAACAGUGCCAUUCUUGGAUUUAAAUUGACCCCUUCUCAUAUAGGAAAUAGAAGUAGCUUUCUCUCUUUUCCAUUCAGCCAAAGUUAUAAUUAUGUCAAGUUACACAUUCUAUAUAGUGUAAAUUGACAAAAGUGUAAAUUUGAGCUCUACGGUCUAAAUUUUCAACUCCGUUACAGCUAUUUGAGUUGAUUGUCGGCAGCAUAAGUUCUUCACUGCACAGAGAUAUAAUUAAUUCCCAUGUAGUUUUGGAUGAAUAUUUAAUAUACAUACAGAUGUCCUGUUGAUAAACCAGGAAACAGUUUGAAAGAUGAGCAGAAAUGCAUUGACAAAACGUGACUGUUUCUUUUUGAGGCUUUCUAUUUAACAUUUUUUUUUGUUGAUCGUACAGAAAAAUCAGUUAAUUUGGGUGAAAGCCAGUGUUACUUGAGGCUUCUUGCAAAACUACUAAAAUCAGCCCCAUCUCUUUUGAAAUUUAACAUAGGACCUUCAAGUAUUUGGUAUGAUUUUGGUUAUAUUUUCUUAUAUAUUAGUGCACGAUAUUUAAAAUGUAUGAGUGUUUACAUUGGGAGUAUUUUGAGUUUGUUUUUAAACAGAUCAAACAAAUAUAAAGCCAGAUUUACCUCACUAUCACGUGUUUAUCCUUUGUCCCAGUUCUUCCAUUACUCACCCUAUAGGUGUUAUGGUGUACUACUCUCAGAUUUCGCCUUCCCUGCAUGGAAUCUGCUGAGGCACACAUUGCUCUUAUGAACAUUUGGUAAGUUUCAAUGACCCAUGCACGUAGAUUAUACCAGGUUCAUAAUUAUAAAAUUCCUAGUAGAAAAAUAUUGUCAAUGCUUGAGUAUAUUCAAUUAGUAAAUUCAAAGAUAUUUUCUUUGAAAUUUCUUUGAACAUUCCUGUUAAUUUAUUGGUUUAGGCCUGCAAGUUCCAUGAUUAUGGCAGAAAGUUAUUUUAAAAUCUUCCAUUAAAUUUUAGUACGAGGAAUUAUGCAUCAGAAAGUCUUACUGAUAUUUGACUGAAUUUCCUGAUAGAUAUUGAAACAUGAAUAAAAAUGUAAAAAUGGAUAUUUAACAAACUGACCAAAUAAAUAUGGCCAGGAACUAAUUGGCCCAGCUUUUUUUUAAAUGUGUACUUAUCUCCUAC